CCUCCCUCUCUGGGCUCGACUUGGGUGCCCUGGUAGAAGAGGGGGGCACAUGCCAGGACCUAGUCCAACCCCAGACGCUGCCUGAGCUUCCCUCCAGUCCCCCCUCCCUUCCUUUCUUCCCUUUCCUCCCUCCCUCUCUCUCUCCCUUCCUCCCUCCCCCCCCAGGCUGGCGUGCCAGGGGGUGGGACAUGCCAAUCACCGGCUGUGCCUCUCCGGCUGCCAGCACAGGGCGCAGCUCCCCCCGGGAGCCAGGUGUUUGGGUCCCUGGAGACAUCGCCGGCCCCCGGGGCAGCAGUGGGACAGAGGACCCUGCAGACCUCACCCCAGCCCCAUGGUGAUGACCUCCCCCUGAGGAAGCCCGAAAGUGUGACUAGCGGAAGGGGCUGCCCCCAGGACCCCCAGCCACCAUGAAUACCUCGGCGCCACCCGCCGUCAGCCCCAACAUCACGGUCCUGGCCCCAGGAAGGGGUCCCUGGCAGCUGGCUUUCAUCGGGAUCACCACGGGCCUCCUGUCGCUGGCCACCGUGACGGGCAACCUGCUGGUGCUCAUCUCCUUCAAGGUCAACACAGAGCUCAAGACGGUCAACAACUACUUCCUGCUGAGCCUGGCCUGUGCCGACCUCAUCAUUGGCACCUUCUCCAUGAACCUCUAUACAACGUACCUGCUUAUGGGCCGCUGGGCCCUGGGCACACUGGCUUGCGACCUCUGGCUGGCCCUGGACUACGUGGCCAGCAACGCCUCUGUCAUGAACUUGCUGCUCAUCAGUUUUGACCGCUACUUCUCCGUGACCCGGCCCUUGACCUACCGGGCCAAGCGCACACCCCGCCGGGCGGCCCUGAUGAUCGGCCUGGCCUGGCUGGUUUCCUUCGUGCUCUGGGCCCCGGCCAUCCUUUUCUGGCAGUACCUGGUGGGGGAGCGGACGGUGGGGGCAGGGAAGUGCUACAUCCAGUUCCUCUCCCAGCCCAUCAUCACCUUUGGCACAGCCAUGGCCGCCUUCUACCUCCCGGUCACGGUCAUGUGCACCCUCUACUGGCGCAUCUACCGCGAGACAGAGAACCGGGCCCGGGAGCUGGCCGCCCUGCAGGGUUCCGAGACUCCUGGGAAGGGGGGCGGCAGCAGCAGCAGCUCAGAACGGUCCCAGCCGGGGGCCGAGGGCUCCCCGGACACCCCCCCAGGGCGCUGCUGUCGCUGCUGCCGGGCCCCCAGGCUGCUGCAGGCCUACAGCUGGAAGGAGGAAGAAGAGGAGGAUGAAGGCUCCAUGGAGUCCCUCACUUCCUCCGAGGGUGAGGAGCCGGGCUCCGAGGUGGUGAUCAAGAUGCCCAUGGUGGACUCCGAGGCACAGGCUCCCGCCAAGCAGCCUCCCAGGAGCUCCCCAAAUACAGUCAAGAGGCCGACCCGGAAAGGGCGUGAGCGCGCAGGCAAGAGCCAGAAACCCCGCAGGAAGGAGCAGCUGGCCAAGCGGAAGACCUUCUCGCUGGUCAAGGAGAAGAAGGCAGCUCGGACCCUGAGCGCCAUCCUGCUGGCCUUCAUCCUCACCUGGACGCCGUACAACAUCAUGGUGCUGGUGUCCACCUUCUGCAAGGACUGCGUCCCCGAGACCCUGUGGGAGCUGGGCUACUGGCUGUGCUACGUCAACAGCACCAUCAACCCCAUGUGCUAUGCGCUCUGCAACAAGGCCUUCCGGGACACCUUCCGUCUGCUGUUGCUCUGCCGCUGGGACAAGCGACGCUGGCGCAAGAUUCCCAAGCGCCCGGGCUCUGUGCACCGCACCCCCUCCCGCCAGUGCUGAUGGCCCCUCGCCUGUGUCCCUCCACCCCAGGCCCUGGGUGGGCAAGCCCGGUAGGCGCGGGCAGGGCCUAUGGCCUCAGCCCCAGGGCUCCACGCAGGCCUCACCAGGCUUCCCAGGCCCCUAGGUCACCUUCCUGGACAGCCAGAGACACCCUGCCAGCUUUCCAAACUUCGCUCUUUCCAGGCAGGGGGCAGAAGCCGGGAAACUGGUUUUUCUGUUCCCUGCUGCAUGGGAACGGGCUCUUCACCAGGAACAAGGCCAGGAGGAGGAUCGGGCUUUGGAGUCCUUGUUUGCCUUCAGGCAGGAAGUCCCUCCAGAGCCAGCAGGGCAGGCCAAGAGAAGGAAAGUUU